AUGGCUGAUCAACCAGAACCAUACAGAAUUUCUAUUUCCGAUGAUAGCCUCAAGGACCUUCAGCAACGUCUAGCACUGGCUAAAAUUCCAAGCCAGCUGGAAUCGUCAGAUGGAGAUCCCUGGAGCUCUGGAACUCCGGCUAAUGAGGUACAACGUCUGAUAGACUACUGGAAGGCCGGCUUUGACUGGCGGAAGGCAGAGGCCAAGCUGAAUGAGCUGCCUCAAUAUCGAACGCAAAUCGAAGUCGAGGGGUUUGGUAGCUUGGAUAUUCACUGGCCAGGAUCAUUCAUCGAAGUUUCUAAACUCCUCCCGUUGUUGAACGGUGAUGAAAAUAACCCCGCAUUCCAUGUUGUGGCACCAUCUCUGCCGAACUUUGGCUUCUCUUCAGGAGUAACUCGCCGAGGAUUUGGAUUGGCGCAAUAUGCUGAAGUUCUACACAAGCUUAUGGUCAAGCUUGGUUAUGAGCAGUAUGUAACUCAAGGAGGAGACUGGGGAUUUUGGAUUACAAGAGCCAUAGGCUUUCUCUACCCAGAGCACUGCAAAGCCUCACACAUAAACAUGGUCUUAGCCAAGCCUCCUCGGUUCACAGAAAACCCAUGGCUAGCCCUGCAACACUCACUCCUGCCAUACAGUGAACGUGAGACAAAAGGGUUUAAACGGUCUGCAUGGUUCGAACGCUCGGGAUUCGGUUACAAUCUCUUGCAAAGUACCAAGCCGCAAACAAUUGGCGCCGCACUCGAAGAUAGUCCUGUCGCCUUGGUAUCCUGGAUCUACGAGAAGCUCCACGAUUGGACAGAUUCAUACCCCUGGACCGACGACGAGAUUCUGACUUGGAUAUCAAUCUACUGGUUCUCAACUGCGGGUCCGGCGGCUAGCGUUCGUAUAUACUAUGAAACUAUGCAUACCGGGUGGGCUCAGGGCGGUUCAUAUGAGAGAUUGGUUGAGUAUAUUCCGCAUGUGAAGUUGGGCAUUGCCCAUCUUCCUCGUGAGAUAUCGAUUGUGCCUUUGACUUGGGCCGCCGGGUUGGGACCCGUCGUUCGGCAGAGUGAACAUGCUGAUGGUGGUCAUUUUGCUGCUUGGGAGGUACCUGAGACUAUCGUUCAGGACUUGCGGGCUAUGUUUAGCGAGUAUGGUCCAUGCUACCAGGUUGUUUCAGGACAGGGUGGCUAUUAG